ACUAAUGUGGAUCAUCACGUCGGUUUUUGGCGCGUGUAUUUUACGAAUUUACUGAACGUGUUUUUACAAAGUUAACUGAUUAGAGAAUAAUAAAUAAUCAUGAAUAUGAUUAAUUUUCUGUUGAGUAUAGUGUUCAUCUUGCCAAUAUUUUUCCUUAAUGGAGUGAAUGCUGAUAAAAGAGUCUUUGAUCUCGUAGAGUUUAUUGUAGAACUAUGGAAGAAUUUCUGCUGGCAACUAAGUGGAACAUUCAAAUGCUUUUUAGAUCGAAUGGAUCCAGCUAUUGGCGGCAAGGGUUACUCAUGUAUAGGAAAAGGAGGUGUGGUUUUCAAUUUGGAAGAAUUGAUUUUGGGCAUCUGGGCCAAUUUAUGCGAACGCUUGGCUGGUACUUGGAGAUGUUUAUUGGAAGUACUACCUGAAGAUCUAGGAGGUAGAACUACACCAUGUUACAGUACGAUGAAAAAGUAGCAUGAAAAUGCAACUCAAUAAAAGUUAAAAGAAC